CUCUCGCGAGACAGAGCUGAGGUUUCAGUGGCGCGAAUGUCAUCCCAAACAAGGAACUUCAGAAGCGAAAACACGGCGUAAUGGAGGAGUAGCGUUGGCAUAGUAAUCUUUUUAGCGUCACCUUUUCUGUAUCACUGCCGUCUCGUCCCCUUAAACGUCAGCUUAGGAGCUUAGUUUUGAUAUUUGUGUGUGUUUAUAUCGCACGGGUGACCAUGUCGGACGUUUUGUCUGAUGAUGGCAGCGACAUCCACCAGGAUGACAGCCUGGAAGAAGUUAUGACCCCGGCGGAGCUCAUCGCAAAACUCGAAGAAGCUUGGCUGAAUGAGAAAUUCUCCCCAGAGCUGCUGGAGAACAAAUCCGAGGUUGUGGAGUGUGUGAUGGAGCAGCUGACCCACAUGGAGGCUAACUUGCAGCGGGUGAAGAAGGGUGAUGUGAAGGUCAGCGUCCACCGCAUGGAGAUGGACAGGAUCCGCUUCGUCCUCAGCAGCUACCUGCGCUCUCGUCUGCAGAAGGUCAGCCAAAUCGAAAAGUUCUUCCCACAUGUCCUUGAAAAAGAGAAGUCUCGAGCUGAGGGAGAUCCAUCACUCCUUUCGCCUGAGGAGUACGCUUUUGCCAAAGAAUAUUUAGCCAACACAGAAACCUAUCUGAAGGCUGUAGCGCUGAAACACAUGCCGCCCAACCUCCAGUCAGUGGAUAUGCUGAAGGCAGUCCCUGAGCCCUGCCUGGAUUCCUUUGUGUUUCUGCGAGUGAAGGAGAGACAGGACAAUAUUUUGGUCGAACCUGAAACAGACGAGCAGAGAGAGUAUGUUGUAGAUCUCGAAGAAGGCUCUCAGCACCUGAUGAGGUAUCGAACAAUAGCACCGCUGGUUUCAAGUGGAGCUGUGCAGUUAAUUUAAUUGUUCAGGUCCUUUUAUCGCUGUGGAUGUUUUCCAUUUCAACACGUUGUGAACUACAGAAUGACCACUGACUCGUUUUCACAACAUUGAGCUCAGUUUUUCAACACCAGACUUUCAAAACUUCUGUGCUGGAGCUGGAAUGAUAGAUGUGUGACUCACCUGUGGAGAUGUGAGAAGACUUUGCUCUCUGUUGAAGUCAGCCUCUCUUUAUUGCCAUGAUCAGAAGGAACAUGUGGGACGUAAAUGUAAAGAGAUAUUUAUGGUGACAUGAAAACAAGAAAUGACUCCAUGGACAAUGUUGUCUGCUGUCUGUCGCUGAUUUUGCCACAAAUGAAUAUUAGGCGUAUUACAGUAUGUUUUUGGAGGUAAAUGAAGUGACACCGCAUUUAAGCAAAUGUGAUUGUGAGUGUGUAACAUUCAUCAGAAGAUCAGUAGACAUUGGCAAUGUCUAGGUGUUCACUUGGAUCUUAAUAAUCAUAUUACAAAAUAAUUUUGGUUCAACGCUUUAUGCAGUUUUAUUGUACAUUUUUCUGUCACAAAUACAUCAUUUUAAUGUGCA